AUGAAUUUAUCCAACGAUACCGAACUUGAAGUUAGGUUUGUGACCAAAGAUGAGCAGUAUGCGGUGCCGUCAGUGCCCGUCAACGUCAGCGCUGCAUCCACCGCCGAGGAACUGGACAAUAUCGUCAAGGCGUUCAUUGCCGGUCACAGUGAAGGCGAUGAUUUAGCCAGCACCACUUUGGCAGAUGUGGAGUUUGAUUUCUUGAUCGGCAGCAAACUGCUUCGAAGCUCACUCAAAGAAUGGUUCGAAGCGGAAAAACUCAGCGCAGAGGCUACACUGGAGGUGGAGUACUUUGCCAAAACCAAACCGCCUGAGCCGCACAACUCCUUUCUGCACGAUGACUGGGUCGCCGCAGUGGACACCGUUGACAAUUGGAUUCUUUCCGGGUGCUAUGACGGGACAGUGCACAUCUGGAACGUGGCAACUGGCGAGCACAAAAUUACCAUUCCCGCGCAUACUGCUCCAGUGAAGGCCGUCAAGUGGACCAACUCAGGCAAGAGCAAAAAUGGCCGUGGUCAGUACGGCCUCGUCACAUGUUCUCACGACGAGACUGCGAUGGUGUGGACGUGGGAUGCAAAGUCGAACCAGAUCGAGCACAUUUUCACCUUUAUUGGCCAUUCAAGAUCGGUAGACUGCGCCUCAGUAAAGGGUGAUCUGGUUGCCACGGGCUCAUAUGAUCACAUGCUGAAAAUUUGGUCGCUGGUUGACAGUGACUCCACACAAGGAGAACAUUCAAAUGCGAAAAACAGCAAGCUGAGGUCUCCUGUUAUCACACUGGAAGGACACAAAGAGGCGAUCACUGGCUGUUCGUGGAUGCCGUCGGAAGACGCGUCAGCCAUUUCCAAUGUGACCACUGUUUCACUGGACAACACCAUCAAACUCUGGGACAUCGAAGUGGGANGCGAUCACUGGCUGUUCGUGGAUGCCGUCGGAAGACGCGUCAGCCAUUUCCAAUGUGGCCACUGUUUCACUGGACAACACCAUCAAACUCUGGGACAUCGAAGUGGGCGAAGUGAAGCAAACGCUGACUAG